AUGGGAGCAGAGAACGGAGCGCCUGCGAUGGCCAAGGUCAGCGACGUUAUCGCGACGUAUCGCCCGACGAGGCUCUUCAAAGCUCCCAACCUGCACUACACAUCGCUCGACUUCGAUUCCACAGGCGAACUCCUCCUCCUCGCACGUACCGACGACACUCUGCACAUCUACAACACAAAGGCAGGCGCCCAUGCGAAGGAGCUCAAGUCGCAAAAGCACGGCGCUGCACUAGCACGUUUCACUCACCAUUCACACUCCGUCAUCUAUGCCUCGACCAAGCUCAACCACGAUAUUCGCUAUCUCUCCGCCCACGACAACACAUACAUCCGCUACUUCAAGGGCCACACAGACAAGGUCACCUCUCUCCAGCUCUGUCCCAGCAAUGACACCUUCCUCUCAGCCUCGCUGGACCACACAGUCAAGUUGUGGGAUCUGCGUUCAUCCACCCCUCAAGGCAGCCUCAACCUGCACGGGGCCGUUCUGAGCGCGUAUGAUCCUUCAGCUACCGUCAUCGCCAUAGCCUCUCCGGCCACACAGACUAUUGUGCUCUACGACGUUCGCAAUUUUGACAAACCUCCCUUUGCAACCUUCGAUAUGCACGACAUUGAGCGUCGCUUUAGCCACUACGGCCAAGCCCAGGGACAAGGCUGGACCACUCUGGAGUUCAGCAACAAUGGCCAGUACAUCCUCGUUGGCACCAAUGGCUCAGGCCACUAUGUUCUUGAUGCCUUCGAGGGUGGCUUGAAGGCUUACCUGUACCGUGCACAGGGUCCUCCACCGUUUCCUUCACAGCUCGGCCAGAGUGAUAGCCCUCUGCGCCAUACUCAAUCCUCCCUCCAGGGCGAUGCAUGCUUCACCUCGGAUGGUCGCUAUGUCGUCUCUGCCUCAUCUAAGGGUGGCAUGCUGGUUUGGGAUUUGCUUGCUGACAAGCGCUCUGAUGGCACCAUGAACCCCAUGACCGAUCUGCCUGGUCCUAGAACGUCCACAGUCGUUGGUGUAAACCCCAGAUACAACAGUCUUGCCAGUGCUGGCCAGGACGUUGUCUUGUGGUUACCUGACCCUGAGUUGGCUUUGAUCUAG